UGCAGUCAACAAGAAGCCUCGCUGACAUCCUGUCGGAUCUUGGAGGUUACACUCACCGAACUCUUAUGUUCCAAUGGGUCCCGUCGCCUAGCGUUUACUGCCCCAGCCUCGCCAGACUGAGUUGAAUUGGGUGCUACGGAACAUCGAGCACUUUUGGGUCCCUAAAGAGGUUUCCAUCAAGCACAGCAUACAGCGACCAACUACAGUAGAAUGGCAUCCAUUCCAGCAGGCGGUUCUCUCGUGGCGACCACUGACUACUACCGAAGGCGCAUCGGUUCUACAUCCAGUAGCAGCUCGUGUGGCAGUUCAGAGUACAGUGGAGAGGUCAUCCCUCACCAUCCAGGACUCCCCAAGCAGGACUCAGGACAUUGGUGGUCCAGUUUCUUCUUUGGGAAGCAGCAGGGGAUGACCCCACUAACUGAGGAGGCACAGCAGAAGGCGGGGGUCCAAGUCCAAGGUGCAGUGACUAAUGGUCAGAUCACCUGCGUUGCCCGAGAGAUGGUGAUGCAACGCCAGGUGAGUGAGAGCAGCGACGCAGGGAGCCCCGCCUCCUCCUGAUCCUGAUCCUCACUCUGAUCCAUGUCGCUCC